AUGACGAAACACUAUCCCACGCCGUUCACGCCCAAAGACUCGACCGAAAUGUGCAUGCAGGCCAGAAAGCCGCUGUCGGCCUGCCACACGGAGAACUUUGUGUUCCUCAGGUUCCUCAUGCAUUUGUUUGGGUACACCGUUGACGGACCACCGGCGCCGAAGGAUAAUAACGUACUAAUUGAAUCCGCCACGACGGACACUCGGACCGAGUUGCAUUUCUUGGAUGGUUAUCAACAUCUGUUCGAUGAAACGUUUAUGUCCGUGUUCCAGAAAAAUAGGCGAAAAAGAGCCGUGGACGAUCAGUACGAUUUCGUGAUAGUCGGUGCGGGAUCUGCGGGCUGCGUCGUCGCAAACAGAUUGUCGGAGAUUAAAGACUGGAAGGUAUUACUCCUUGAAGCCGGGAUCGAGGAACCAGAAUUUUCUUCUGUGCCAGGCCUUGCACCUUUACAAUUGGGAAGCAAAAUCGAUUGGAAUUAUACAACACAGCCUGAUGAACACAGUUGUAGGUCCAGACCAGGAGGUAUGUGUGAUUGGGCUAGGGGCAAAGUAAUGGGUGGGUCAAGCACGAUCAACUAUAUGAUUUAUACUCGAGGAAACAUGGAUGAUUAUAACGAAUGGGAACGUAUGGGAAACGAUGGGUGGGGAUAUGAAGAAGUUCUUCAAUAUUUUAAAAAAUCCGAGGAUAAUGAAGAUCCAGAAGUUUAUAAAAAAAACCAAAAGUUUCAUGGCAAAGGCGGAUAUCUUACGGUGGAGUGGUUUCCAUAUGUAGACCCUACGGCAGUAGCUCUAAUAAAGGCGUGGCAAGAGAUCGGUUUGCAUUAUGUAGACGUAAAUGCCGAAAAUCAAAUAGGCGUAACUCAUUUACAAUCGACAGCUAGGCAUGGCGAACGAAUGAGCACUAACAAAGCGUUCAUAAGACCGAUUAGAAAAAAACGGAAAAACCUAACUGUUCUAACAGACGCGCACGUGACUAGGAUAUUGAUCGAAAAGAAACGAGCUAUUGGGGUGGAGUUUUUGUACAAGAAAAAAAUUAGGACGGUGUUCGCAAAAAAAGAGGUGAUUCUGAGUGCCGGCAGUCUAAACUCGCCAAAAAUACUGAUGCUCUCCGGUAUCGGGCCUAAAAAACACUUGGACAAGAUGAAAAUUAAAGUUGUGAAGAACUUGGCCGUUGGGAAGAACCUACAAGACCACGUCACGUCUGACGGUAUUGUAAUUCGAGUGAAAAAAACAGCCACUGACAAACCGCUCAAAGAGAAAAAGGAAGACGCUGUCUUGUACAAAAAAAAAAGAAAAGGUCCUCUGGCGGCCACUGGCCCAUUACAAUGUGGCGUAUUCCUUCAAACUAAAUACGAAGAUACACUGGAUCUGCCGGACAUAAAUUAUGCAUUUGACAAUGGCAACGAGAAAGAUUGGAUAAUCGACCCUGCAAAUGCCACAAAAUUCGGUAUGUCUCCUGUUUCUUAUUACGAAGCGAUUAAUGUGAGACCGAUUUUGCUGAAACCAAAAAGUAGAGGAUAUAUAUUACUCAACGAAACUCAUCCGAUUUGGGGUCAACCACUGAUUUAUCCACGUUUCUUUACUAAAGGAAACGAUCUUGAUAUACUCGUUGAAGGCAUGAAAAUCGGAGCGAACCUGGUGAACACGGAGUCAAUGCGCAAAGCGGGGGCGGAACUAGUGGAUGUGCCGCCAAAGGCAUGCAAGGCAUACAAAUUCGGCUCGGACAAGUACUGGGCGUGUGUGGUCACCGAGUACACGGCCACCAUAUACCAUCCGGUGGGCACUUGCAAGAUGGGACCGGAACAGGACGAAGAAGCUGUUGUCGACCCGGAACUGCGCGUGUACGGGGUCGAGGGUCUCAGGGUGGUGGACGCUUCCAUCAUGCCGACAAUCGUCCGGGGAAACACGAACGCGCCGACCAUAAUGAUUGCGGAAAAGGCGUCAGACAUGAUCAAGGAUAAAUGGCAUCAGCACAUGUCGUCCAACGAUAACGCGGCUGAAAUCGACGAAUAA